AUGUUUCUAGAUGAUCUACCACAUUCUGUUUUAUAUAAUAUAUGUAAAUAUCUAUCGUUUAGUGAUAUAACACAGUUAUUGAAAGUAUGCAAACGAUUAUACAUUUUAAUUGAAAAAAAUAAUUAUUUUUGGAUAAUAUUGAUUCGGAAUCAUUUUGGAUUUAAAUUAUAUCACCGUUAUGUUCAUGAAAUAUUCGAAAACACGAAAAAUUCCGAUUAUGUUUUAUAUAAUACAGAACAAGAUAAAAUAUAUUUUGAAAAAUCUUAUCAAAAACUACUAGAAUUAAUGUGUUGUUUAUGGUUAUGGAAUGUAUUAGAUUGUAAAAAUGAUAGUUAUGGAUAUAUAACCUAUAAACGAAUAGUUAAGCAAAAAAAACGUCCGCGUACAAAUCAUUAUAAUAUGUCAUUAAAAAUCGAAGAAUUAUUUCAAUAUUAUUUAAAUCGAAAUAAAUAUUUAACUAAUGAAAAUAUUUGUCAAAUACUAUGGUCUAAACUAAUUUAUUUCUAUUUAAUUGAAUGUAAACGUUUAUCAUGUCUGGAUUUCUUUCCCGUAUACUUACGAUGUUCACUUGGUCAUAAAAAUUGUUCGAAUACGAUACAUUCACAUUAUGAAUAUGAUUCAAGUAGUUCAAUGGGUCUAUGUGUUCGAUUAUAUUCGAACAUAAAUAUUUGUCAAUUUGGUAUAAAAGGUAAAUUUAAAUCAAUAUUACCUGGAAUCUAUGAAAUUCUAUGCCGCAUUAAACUAGAUAAGAAUGAAAGUUAUUUCUCAUACUUUACUGAAUGUUGUAGUCAAAAUCGUAAUAGAGAAAAAUAUGUAGAAUGUUAUUUUAUUGCAUUAGCUGAUCGUGGUCUUGAUUGUGAAGUCGAUGAAAAAAAACUGAAUUAUGAUUGGUUUGAAUCAAACUAUUUAUUACAUGGAAAUCAAAAUUGGUUUAUUGAAAGCAUGGGCAAAAUAAAAGUAUUCGAAUUAUCGAAUAUUUAUUUUGGAUUUAAAAUAACUAGUGACUACGGUUAUCGAAAUAUAUUAUUUGACUAUAUUCAAUUAAAUAUUGUUGAAUAA